AUGAGGAAAUACGGCUGGAACAGUUUCAAGGAUUUAAUUUUCAGAAAUCCCGCAGUUGUCGACCAGGAUCCACACGUGGAUAAUGGGGAUGAGAACCCUGAACGUGGGAACUGGACAAGCAAAAGGGAGUACAUCCUCUCUACAAUCGGCUAUGCCGUUGGACUGGGAAAUAUCUGGAGAUUUCCAUAUUUGGCCUACAAGAAUGGAGGGGGUGCCUUUCUCAUCCCCUAUUUUGUGAUGUUGGUGGUGACUGGAAUUCCACUUUUCUUCCUGGAAAGUGCCUUUGGUCAAUUCUGCAGCCAAGGUCCAAUUAACACAUGGAGAGCAGUGCCUUUAUUGCAGGGUGUUGGCAUUGCCAUGGUUAUGGUGACUCUAAUAGUAUCAAUUUACUAUAACAUCAUCAUCGCCUACAGCUUGUACUACAUGUUCGCCUCCUUCCAGUUUCCUCUGCCGUGGUCCAGAUGCUUCAGCAGUGUUGACCGUAACUGCAGCGACACGCCAAUAGUGGCCAACUGGACUGAGGAAAACAUCACUGAUCCUUCAACUGACAUGGUCUCAGUUUCAGUGCAGAGUCCAAGUGAACAGUACUGGGAUCUCGUGGCUCUGCAGAGAUCCAGUGGUCUAGAUGAAACAGGACCAAUAGUUUGGCACUUGGCCCUCUGUCUGCUGCUGAGCUCCAUACUUGUUUCUGCAGCGCUCAUCAGAGGCAUCAAGUCAUCGGGAAAAGUUGUGUAUUUCACAGCCACAUUUCCUUAUGUGGUGAUAAUAAUCCUGCUGAUCAGAGGUGUGACACUAGAGGGAGCUAGAGAUGGGAUAGAGUUCUACAUUGGUUCCCAGUCUAAUCUGACUAAACUGACUGAAGCAGAGGUUUGGAAAGAUGCAGCAACUCAGACUUUCUACUCUCUCUCUAUUGGCUGGGGUGGAGUCAUGACUCUUGCUUCCUAUAACAACUUCCACAACAAUGUGUUCAAGGACUCAUUUGUAGUAACACUUACUAAUGCAGGCACCAGUGUGUUUGCAGGCUUUGCCAUAUUUUCAAUUUUGGGCCACAUGGCUCACAUCUACAAAAUGCCAGUUGGACAAGUUGUAAAGGAAGGGUUUGGCCUGGCAUUCAUUGCAUAUCCAGAUGCUUUGUCUAAGCUUCCCAUUUCCCCUCUGUGGUCCAUUUUGUUCUUCUUCAUGCUUCUGACUGUUGGUCUGGACUCCCAGUUUGCAGGAAUAGAGGUGAUCUCCACCUGCCUGUUAGAUGCUUUCCCAAACGUCUUCAAAUCCAAGCGUGCCUUACUGAACGUAACGACAUGUGCCAUCCUCUAUCUCCUUGGCCUACCGUGUGUCACACAGGCAGGAAUAUACUGGGUAACUCUAAUCGACCAAUUUGUUGCAAGCUGGGUGCUGCUAAUUUUGGUCCUCUUGGAGAUCAUUGGUGUCUGCUACAUAUAUGGAGGGAACCGUUUCAUUAAAGACAUUGAGAUGAUGCUUGGACAUAAGAGUUUCACUUUCUGGUUAUGGUGGAGAGCAUGUUGGUUCUUCAUCAGCCCCUGCAUCAUAGUGGUGAUCCUGAUCUGGUCUCUGAUGACAUUUACACCACCCCACUUUGGAGGAGUCCAGUUCCCAGUCUGGGGCUUGGCUCUGGGCUGGUGCAUGGUUGUAUUCAUCCUAUUCUGGAUCCCUGUUGUUGCUUUGUAUAAGCUGAUGAGAACAAAGGGAAACCCAUGGAAGCGUCUGAAGUCAUUGUGUUCUCCAUCCGAAGAAUGGCAUCCCUACCUGGAUGUCCAUCGAGGACAACGCUACUCAGAAGAACGCUGCCGCCACAGGAAGAAACACACAAACAGACCAGAAGUAAAUGUAGAUGUAAUCACUAGCUCAUGGCUCUGAUGUGUCUUUUUGUCGUGUUUACUUGUCAAUUUCUUUCCUUUGGUGGAGCAGUGUUACUCGGUGAACACCUUGUACUGAAAGUUAAAGCUGCUUUGAUGAAUUUUUUACCUCCGGGAGGCAGAGAGAAACUCAAAUGCGAACCCAUUACAGAUACAAAUAUCUAAUGGCUGAUGUGAUCGAUCAGUCGCCUAUGGUUCCAGCAGAACCAUGCCAACGUGUGCAUCUUUUUGUAAUCAUCUUCCUUUGGUUUGGCCCACUCUCUUCAGGGAGAAAUAUACAUUACCUGUCGGGACAGGUAGUAUGCAACAAAGUAACGUGAGGUUGUGUGUUUACAGUGAAAGAUGGAUGCUUUCAUGUUAAAGGGAAUCAUUUGAUUCAAUUUAUUUACCAAAAAUAUUACAUAAUGGGGCUUUAGAUUCAGGUAGUGUUUCUUAUUUCUUCAGUGAUCCAUGGGGUUUUUUAUUAAUUCAAUCUUUCAUCCAUAAUGUUUAAUUUUCUAUCAGUAGACAACUUGUGUUUCAAUAACCAUGCUUGUCUUUCAAUAUCAAGUGCAGUUUCUUGUUAAUUAACUAAAUGCUC